ACGUUACAAGGGUUCAAGAAUUUUUUAAGAUAAGAGGAUAAAGAAGAAGAAAGAGGGGGAAGAGUUAGAGACUUUAGCAAUGGCGUCAACAGCAACAGCACUUUCAUGGAGUUCAUCUUCUUGGAUGCAAAGAUUCAACGGAAACACAAAUGAAACAAUGAAGAUGUCAGAAAAGACUAGUAAUGGAAUGUUAAUUGUAGCUCAAAAGAAAGCCUUGAAAAUACGUAAAAUUAUUUUGAAGGAAGAUGUAGCAGAGUUGGGAAAGAAAGGACAACUUCUUGAUGUUAAGGCAGGAUUUUACAGAAAUUUUCUUCAUCCUACGGGGAAAGCCACAAUUGUCACUCCUGUUCUUCUCAAGGAAAUGCGUAUGGAAGAGGAGCGAAUCGAAACCGAGAAAAAACGGGUAAAAGAAGAGGCAGAGCAACUUGCUAAGAUUUUUGAAACUGUUGGGGCUUUCAAAGUGAAGCGCAAGGGUGGUAAAGGAAAAUUGAUUUUCGGAAGUGUCACUCCUCAAGAUCUUGUGGACAUUAUUAAGGCGCAACUUCAAAGAGAUAUAGACAAACGGAUGGUUUCUAUUCCAGAGAUUCGUGAAACAGGAGAAUACAUUGCAGAGCUGAAGCUUCACCCUGAUGUUACUGCUCAAGUAAGGUUGAAUGUCUUUGCCAAUUAGGAAAGACAUCAUUCUGGAUGUGAAAAAAUUGUAAUUCACUUGGUGUCACUCAAGGAAGGAUGGAGCAGCAGAGUAUUGAGUUUUGUGCUAACACACUGUGAGAAGGAUGACAAACAUGUAUUCUAAUGUUUAUUUGCUGAGAAAUGCAAUAGAAAGUGCUCUAGGAUGUAAUCAUUUCUACCUUAGUUUCUUUGAUCAUGUCAUCUUUAAUCAGGCACAUAUGCUUCAGGACCUAUGCAUUAAUUCAUUCUUUUCCAAAUCCAAAAAUCCAAUGCCGUGCUU